AUGAUACAUGCUUCUAUUGCUUAUAGGUAUAGGAGAUGGAAGCUUGAUGAUAGUAUGUAUCUAGUUGCUAGACAGAAGCUAGAGACUCAGAGAGGUGCGGUUUUAGCUACUGAGCUGAAGAACAAUGGUAAUAAGCUAGCUAAAUGGACCGCACAGGCUCUCUUGGCUAAUGCGGAUAUGAUGAAGAUUGGUUUCGUUUCUAGGGUUCAUCCUCGUGAUCACUUCAACCAUGUUAUACUAUCGGUUUUGGGGUACAAGCCGAAGGAUUUCGCAGGGCAGAUCAAUCUAAACACUUCCAACAUGUGGGGGAUUGUGAAGUCGAUUGUUGAUCUGUGUAUGAAGCUGAGUGAAGGAAAGUAUGUUCUUGUGAAGGAUCCAUCGAAGCCUCAAGUUCGUAUCUACGAGGUUCCUGCUGAUGCUUUUGAGAACGAUUAUGUGGAAGAGCCUCUCCCUGAGGAUGAACAGGUUCAGCCAACUGAGGAGAACAACACUGAAGGAGGAGCAGAGACUAAUGGAGCUUCUACUAAUGAAGCUGCAGAGGAGAAGAAACCCGAAGAUCAAGCCUGA